AUGGGUAAUCCGUUACCCGAAUCCGAAAAGCUCCUCGGAACCGCCGCCAAUCUCCUCUGCGACGGCGACUUCGCCUCCUGCCGGAAAUUCGCUCUCGUCGCCCGCGGCUACGACCCGACCAACCCCGCCCCGGAUCAAAUCCUCGCCGUCGCCGACGUCAUGCUCGCCGAGAACACCCGCCACCCGAAUGACUGGUACCCCAUUUUGCAGCUGACCCGACCCGACUCCGGAAACCGCCGACUCGUCCGGACCCAGUUCGAGAAGCUCACGGCGCUGCUGGACCCGGAAGAGAACUGCUUCCCGUUUUCCGACGAGGCGCUCCGGCUGGUCAACAAGGCCUGGGCGAAAGUGUCCGACUUGGGGAAAAAGACCCGGUUUGAAAACGGGUCGGAGAGCUUGAACUGUGAGGGGGGUCUCGCCGGAGUUGGUGAGACGUUCUGGACGGUGUGUCCGUUCUGCUAUGGGAUGUUUGAGUACAAGAAGGUGUACGAGGAGUGUUGCCUGAGGUGUCAGAUUUGCCGGAAGGCGUUUCACGGCGCGGCGGUAAGGGCGCCGGCGCCGGAGAUUAUGGUGGAGGGGAAGGAGCAGUACUAUUUCACUUAUGGGUGUUUUGCUAUGGAGUAUCAUGUGGAGCCAGAGAAGAGUAAUGAAGAGUUGAAGAAGAAGAAGAAGGCUGGUAGUGUUGUGGAAAUUUCUGAUGAUGAUGAGGAUGAGGUGGAGAAGGUGGUGGUGAAGAAUGUGGGUGGAGGAGGGGAUUUUUCAGGUGAAGGGAAGGCGCCGGUGAAGAGAAUGAAAAUGCCGGCGAGGCGGACAAAGAGGAAAAUGGUUGUGAAAGGGAGAAAGAUGAUGGGGAAUGGAAUGGGGGGAGAGUUGGAGUCGGGUGGUGAGUGUGGAGAUGGGGAUGGUGAGAAGGAUGUGUUGGAGUUUUAUGAAGGUGAAGAUGAUGUGUUUGUUGGAUUUGGGAAUAGUCCAUGA